CACGGGAAGGUUUCGCUGCCAGCCCGCUGUGGCGUCGCGGUGUAGUACGGUUGUCUCUUAGAAAAGCAAGAAAAAAAAAGAAUAAGCUUAGCGAAAGUUGUCCGGGUUGUCUACGCUUGAAUCUUCGCUACGGAUAGCCCCUCACCAAGCGGGAUACCGUCUUCGGAGACUUCAGUAGAGGACUGACAGUCUCUCUGCUGCAGAAUGAGGAAGGACAUACAGUAUAGAGAUUUGCCCGGAGGGCCUCUGAUGGUCAAGUUCGCCGACGAGCUGCCGCUGUGCUCUCUCUGCUCGAAAUGUGGCAUGCUCUCCAAGGACAUGUUCGAGGACCCGUCGUCGCACGCGUUCUGCAGCAUAUGUAUCUUCGAGUGCAGUGACCGGAAGAAGAUACACUGCAAGUACGAGAACAAGGACGUCUCUGUCGAAGAGAUGAUGCCUGCAAUUGAUAUAAUAAAUGUUGUCAUGGACCAAGUGGUUUUCUGUCCAAAUACGAGCGACGGCAACUCCUGCACUAAGUAUUGUACUCUGAAGGACUUGGAGGGACAUUACUUGGAAUGUGAAAAAACAAAAAUCAUCUGCUUGUCGUGUGGCGAUACAGUAAAAGGCAGAGAUUGGCAAACCCACGUGACGUCAUGCCCGCAGCAAAUCAUGCAGUGCCGCUACUGCGUAGUGGCAGUUCCUCGCUUCAGGCUGGAGCUGCACGAACGCCUGUGCAGCUACAAUCCCAAUGCGGUCCGGGAAGCCGAUACGUCUCCUAUGGCAGCGAUGGAUUUCACAUCCCGGCGGCGCAGUGAUUGGGCCCGAAAUGAAAAGCAACUUCCGGUCUCUGUAAACACGAACAAGCCACACCUGAUACCUGAAGCCAAGCCGAGUGACAUCAGUAAGGUCGACGACGACACCAUCCUGAGUUGUCGAAAAUGCAAUCGCAAUGUGAAAAGCAAAAAUAUGGAUAAGCAUAUCAGAGUUUGUCUACAAAGGACCAAUGGUCCAAGUUCACCAGAAGCGAGGCAGACACCUGAAAUCGCUCCCGUGCUGCCUACGCGAGGAGCUGCUGCGAUCAGAGCUCCAGCUCAAGAAUACCUUCAACAUAAAACCCAAGAGCGCGUUCUACCGGCUUUACCUAUUUUACUUCCUACGCUAGAUGGCCAUCCGAAUGAGCAUGCGCUGCCCACACGAGAACAUGUUGCGGCGAGAGCAUCGAUGCAACCAGAUUUUAACUUUCAACGCCAGAUGUUUGCUCAACCUGCUUCGCCUAUUCCGCAUAUUGCACCAGGAGAACGAUGGCCCGCGAUACUGGGAGACUACAAUGGGGUUCGUCAAGGAGGCGGCAAUAUCCAAAUGGCCACCCAUGACAAUCUGGAAAACAAGCCUUCACAGUCUGAAGCGACUACUACAGAAGUGGCAGUCGUGGCAUCGGAUAUGGGCAGCCUGCUGAGCAGUUACGAGAUGCUGAGUCUUUCUGAUGUACCUACUGCAGACGACAUCACUGAGCACGGACACUACCCUGGGCCUCGUCAAGGAGGCGAAGGUUCGCAAAUGGCCGCUGGUGACAUUGUUGGAACGCAGCCUUCACAGUCUGAACAGACUUCAGGACACUACAGUGGGGUUCGUCAAGAAAGUGGCUAUUCCCAAAUGGCCGCAAGUAACAUUGUGCAAACGCAACCUUCACGGUCUGAAGAGGCUCCGGACGAUCAUCGUCGGAGCAGCUCCAGAAAGUCAAACCCGAGCUCACAAUCUCUACAACCGCCGAUCGGCAAAUGGCCACAACAGCUGCAGCAAGGAGACUGGGGAGGAUCUAAAACGACAAACUGCUCAGGCAAAUCGCGAUCAGAAGUGGCAGCCGUGGCAUCGGAUAUGGGCAGCCUGCAGAGCAGUUACGAGAUGCUGAGUCUUUCUGAUGUACCUGCUGAUGACGACAUCACUAAGCACGGACACUACCUUGGGGCUCGUCAAGGAGGCGAAGGUUCCCAAAUGGCCGCUGGUUACAUUGUUGGAAGGCAGCCUUCACGGUCUGAAGAGACUUCAGGACACUACAGUGGUUUUCGUCAAGAAGGUGGCUAUUCCCAAAUGGCCGCAAGUAACAUUGUGCAAACGCAGCCUUCACGGUCAGAAGAGGCUCCGACGGAGGCUCCUGGCCCAUGGUCCAACAUUUUGAAUUACGUCGGCUUGGGACGCUACCUUGGCACUCGUCCAGUAGGCGGAUGUUCCGAAACGGCCACUGAUGACGUUGCGGGAACACAGUCUUCACGGUCUGAAGAGACUUCAGGGCAAUGCGGUGAGGUUGGUCAAGAAGCUGGCUGUUCCCAAAUGGCCGCAAGUGAAAGUGUGCAAACGCAGCCUUCACGGUCUGAAGAGACUCCGACGGAGGCUCCUGGCCCAUGGUCCAACAUAUUGAAUUACGUCGGCUUGGGACGCUACCUUGGCACUCGUCAAGUAGGCGGAUGUUCCGAAACGGCCACUGAUGACGUUGCGGGAACACAGUCUUCACGGUCUGAAGAGACUUCAGGGCACUGCGUGGAGGUUGGUCAAGAAGCUGGCUAUUCCCAAAUGGCCGCAAGUGAAAGUGUGCAAACGCAGCCUUCACGGUCUGAAGAGACUCCGACGGAGGCUCCUGGCCCAUGGUCCAACAUAUUGAAUUACGUCGGCUUGGGACGCUACCUUGGCACUCGUCAAGUAGGCGGAUGUUCCGAAACGGCCACUGAUGACGCUGCGGGAACACAUUCUUCACGGUCUGAAGAGACUUCAGGGCACUGCGUGGAGGUUGGUCAAGAAGCUGGCUAUUCCCAAAUGGCCGCAAGUGAAAGUGUGCAAACGCAGCCUUCACGGUCUGAAGAGACUCCGGGCGAUCAUCAUCGGAGCAGCUCCAGAAAGUCAAACCCGAGCUCACAAUCUCUACAACCGCGAAUCGGCAAAUGGCCACAACAGCUGCAGGAAGGAGACUGGAGAGGAUCUAAAACGAUUCACUGCACAGGCAAAGCUCCAUCAGUACUCCACGAUGGCAGGAAAGAAAAGCACCUGUCGCCUGAGAGUGCCGAACCAAAUGAGAAAAAUGCUUCAUUUGUGGAAGCUAGAAGAGAUGCCUUCAGUACAUCUGAGAAAAUAGAAAAGCGCUUGUUUUGCUUUAGUUUCUUUAGAAAGUGGAAUUUCUGACGAUUUAAAUCAUUCAGCGAAAGCCUAUAUAAAUGUAGCUUUUGUGAUCUAUAUUAUCAGUGGCUUGUUUAUACUCAGGCACUUAGGAUUCAUCUUUGGUGGAGCAAUUAAGAAUUAUUCGCCUGUUUGUUGUUGCGAGAUCUUCAGGCAGAUUGUCUAUUAUUGCUGGUUUUGGUACAUGCCAAUAAAAAGAACAGAACACGCUGCGAUGGCGCAGCUUUCAUCUUAAUUGCUGUCGGUUCCUAUAGAGACAUUGCCAGACCUGUUGUGACUUUGCUACUGCAAGAUAGGCUUCAAAGGCAGAAACAUUUCUUCAUAAUUUCGAGGAAUUCUACAGACAUAGGAACAGUCACUUUUGCUCUAAGCACUUCGUCGGGCGCAAUUAUGUUGACUUCGGCCUUUGGCGGCCCACACGAAUGUCGAUGUCUGGUAGAAGGCCAUCCUAAGCUGGCGUGCAUCACAAAUUUACCAUUGUUUGAAUUCUGAACCAAAACUGUUGUUUAAUCGGGGGGCACGCUUCAUCAGCAAGUUUUGUGAGCACCAUAUUGGAAAAGAUUCAUGAAUGCGGUAUUACUUGCAAUUAAAAAUUGGAUAUGCCACAGCGUAACUCUACGCAGGCUGGUUUGCCUGAAAUUGCGUAUUAUCGCUCAUAUCUGUUCAGUUUGACCUGUAAGCCUAGCUAGAUACUAUUACGUAAUGGUUUAUUCAGAAAGCGGCUCAAUGGAUAGUUAAUUCCUGAAAUUUCCUUUUCAUAUUAGCAUCUUGUAUACCAAUUAACACUUUCUGAUGAUUCCACUUUCGUCCCAUAGUGAUCCCACAGUAGGUCAGUGACGAGGUCGUUUUUCACUCCUGCCAAUAUGGCACGCCGAUCUUCACUCUCGCUACUCGUAAUAGUUUCCUGUAAAGCGAGACAAAUUGAUUAUACCAAUAGCUGAAUGAUGAAUGUCAUAUUUGUUCUGAAUCAAAAUGAAUAUUUCAGCCGGUAUUAAACCCGCAAAUCAGGAUUCUAUGUUCUGUUCUAUGCAUUCUUUCUAUUAGGAAUAAUAAACUAAUCCGUUAGUCCAGGGCCGGCUUGCACGAACAUUUAAUAACGAAAAUAAUGACGAAUUUAAGAACGCUUCUUUGUGCGGACUAGGAGUUGUCUAGGGAUCAUUUGAGAACGUGUUCCUAAAUUCGUUACUAUUUUCGUUAUUAAAUGUUCGUGUAAGCCGCCCUAGGUCUUUAAACAAGGAGAUGAGAUGUUAUGAAAUUGCUGCCAGAGGCUUCAAAAAAAAAUAAUUCGGUCAUUGACUCUUAUGUUUUCCCUUAAUGCUAAACUGCUUGCUCAUUAUUUGAAUGCAUUUUGCACAACUCAAGCCAGCAUUCGGGGCAGGACACGAAGGUUUCCCUUUGUUGGGGGAAACAUCACCGUCGAUUACGCGCAAUAAAGCACGUUGUAUUUUA